AUGAAAGAUGACACAGUAGGAGGAGAAGAACAGAAGCUUCUUCAUUAUGUCAGAAAUGUACAUUUCUGGACCACUUCUGGUCAGGAAUUUUUUUUCGAUGCAAACGGUGAUCCACCUGGUUUCUAUGACAUUCUAAACUGGCAGCUCAGUCCUAAUGGCAUAUCAAGAAAUUUUUUGGUUGGUCAUUUUGAUGCAAAUGCACCACCAGAACGUGAUCUAAUCAUCAAUGAAACUGCGAUUCAGUGGACUGGUGGACAAAAGCAGCCACCACAAUCUGUUUGCACUCCACACUGCUCUACCGGAUACCGAAAAAUUAUACAGAAUGGACAACCAGUUUGCUGUUUUGACUGUAUUGAAUGCUCAGAAGGGGAAAUAGCAAAUCAAAGUGAUUCAAAUGAGUGCUGGAAGUGCCCUGAUGAAUUCUGGCCUAAUGUGAGAAGAAAUGCAUGCUUGCCAAAAAUAAUAGAGUACCUUUCCUAUGAAGAUCCACUGGGAAUGAUACUUGCUACAGUUGCCAUCUUUAGUUCUCUUAUUCCUUUAGGUAUCUUUCUUGCUUUCAUCAAACACCACGACACUCCUAUUGUCAAGGCUAACAACCGUGAACUUAGCUAUGUUCUUUUGUGGGCCCUAGUACUUUGUUUCCUCUGUUCCUUAAUUUUUAUUGGCCAGCCCAACAGAAUGACUUGUCUCUUUCGGCAGACUGCCUUUGGUGUGACCUUUGUUCUGUGCAUAUCCUGUGUGUUGGCUAAGACUAUAAUGGUAGUCAUAGCUUUCAGUGCUACCAAGCCCAAUAGCCCCUUAAGGAAGUGGGUUAGCCCAAAGUUCUCAAGUGGCAUAGUACUUGUCUGCACUCUGCUCCAGGCUGUGCUGUGCACUGCUUGGGUGACUCUUUCAUCCCCAUAUUUGGAAGUGAACAUGAAAUCUCAGCAUGGUAAGAUUUUUAUUGAAUGCAACGAGGGAUCAACAAUUGCAUUCUGGUGCGUACUUGGGUAUAUGGGACUCCUAGCUAGCAUCAGCCUUGUAGUAGCGUUCCUGUCUAGAACAUUACCAGAUAGCUUUAAUGAGGGAAAGUACAUCACCUUCAGUAUGCUUGUGUUCAUUUGUGUGUGGCUGUCAUUUAUUCCAGCUUAUCUCAGCACUCGAGGGAAGUACAUGGUUGCUGUAGAAAUUUUUGCCAUUGUCUCAUCCAGCGCUAGCUUAACACUGUGCAUUUUUAUUCCCAAGUGUUACAUUAUACUUCUAAAACCAGAAAUGAAUAUCCUUACCCAUAACAAGGUACUAGAUAGAGUCUUCACUGUCUCUUUCAUUAACGUCUUUAUCAGCAGACCAUGCACAGCAAAUGGCUCUGAAAAUGUCUGCAGCUCAAAAGUAGGGGCAUUAAUAUAUUACCAUAAUUCACUUAAAAAAUGA